AUGAGGACGAGGUCGAGGAGGGAGGAGAAGAAGGAGGAGGAGCAGGAGGAGGAAGAGGAGGAAGAGGAGGCGGGAGGAGAGAGGCGAGCGGCGGGAGGAGGGAGAUCCAGCGCGCGGGCGCUCUGCCUUGGAUGCUUGCGCGCUCCCCCGCCCGCCCCCCAGACUCCUGCAGGAGUGGGCGCAUCGGGCGAGAGGAUUCUUUUUCGCCGUGUCGCGCAGCAGCGACGCCUCACACUAAGAGGAGCAGCAAACAGCACAAGCACGAAUUUGCGGACGAAGGAUGGUAUGGCGAAACUCAUAAUGUGAUUACAUGCCGUUCUUCGUCCACUGAACGAACCUCAGGAGGUGCGUGCGGAUCUCUGGGAUCGGCGCUGUACGCCCCCUCGCUUUGACGUGGCAACCUCUGGGUGCAAGAACAGUUCGAGCUGAGACUGGUUCUGCCAGCGGCGCUCUUCAAUCAUCCCGAGCCGCAGAUGGCAGCAGCGCGCACGCGCUCUACAAUCAAGAUGACACCCCGGCGCCCCAUCUGGUGCCUGGAGCGCGCACGGGGUGGCGCCAACGGCGCCGCGGCGCGGGAAUCCAGCGCCAAUCCAAGAAAUCCGCGCGGACCUCCGAAAGUUUGGGUCUCGAUCCACGGCAUGGUCACGCCGCGACGGCUUGGGCGCUGGACUCUGACACCUCGUGGGUCGGCCAACCUUGAACGAUCCAGAGGCCACGGCCUCAUCCGUCUGGCCUGAGGUGGCCCAGGCGGUUGUCCGCGGCGGUGGUCGCUCGCUCAACCUUGUACAGUGGCCGCUUUCCGAUGUCGGAGAUCGUUC